AUGAAGGUACAAAACCAAACAAUGAUUACAGAAUUCAUCAUCCUUGGUUUUAAAAAUCUGCAGGGGAUACAGCUCUUGCUUUUCAGUGGAUUCUUGAUCAUUUAUCUAUUCACAAUACUGUGGAAUUUUUUCAUUAUCAUCUUGGCCAUGGUGGACCGGAGGCUCAAAACACCCAUGUACUUCUUUCUUGGCAACCUCUCCAUCCUCGACAUCUGCUACACUACCAGCACAAUUCCCCAGAUGCUGGAUUUCCUUCUCACAGACAGAGGCAGCAUCUCUUAUGUGGGCUGUGUACUCCAGCUGUAUUUUUUCUUUUCCUUCGUUGGCAUUGAAUGCCUCCUUCUGGCUGUGAUGGCUUUUGACCGCUAUGUUGCUAUUUGCCACCCUCUGCGCUAUCCACUGAUUAUCAGAAGACAUGCUUGCCUCCAGCUAGCCAUGGCAUGCUGGGCUGGUGGCUUCCUCAACUCAGCAGUGCACACACAUUUUGCCUUCCAGUUGCCUUUCUGUGGAGACAACCGCCUAGAUGCUUUCUACUGUGACAUCCCACCACUGCUGAAGCUGUCAUGUGGAGACAUUUCCCUCAACCAAACACUUUUGCUCUCCAUUGGCCUAAUCAUAGCUUGGACGCCCAUGUUCUGUAUCCUACUUUCAUACGUUUGCAUUAUUUCAACUGUCUUGAAGAUACGUUCUGCAGAAGGAAGGCAAAAAGCUUUCUCCACCUGCUCUUCACAUCUUAUUGUGGUUCUUCUCUAUUACGGCAGUUGCAUUUUCACCUACCUGAGGCCUGUUCCCUCCCAGUCAUCAGUGAAUGGAAAACUGAUCCCACUAAUGUACAGUAUCUUGACUCCAUUGUUGAAUCCUGUUAUAUAUACUUUACGCAACAAAGAUGUGAAGAAAGCUUGGCGAAGCAUGAUGGGGAAGAGUUGA